AUUGCCAAUGGAGUUAGUUCCAGCUCAGCCUCAGCGGAGAUCGGACUCAAAAGGGACAAUAAAUUUCCAAUUGAAUUGCUCGGCAAUAUGCGAACAACAGCGCUGCUGCUGGCGCUCGUGGGCGUAUGGGCUGCCCACCGUAUUGAUGGGGGCAUGGCGCAUGUUGUGCCAUUAACACUGCCAGUGGCAGGCACUUAUUUGGUGGCACAGGCUUCGCCUGUUCUGCUGCUGGUGCAGCCGCCAGAGGAUGAUGGCAGCUAUAAGCCGCCAAAUGGCGCCGAUGAUGGACUGUGGAAGCCGCAGCCCGGCCUGGAGGGCGAAUAUGUGGAGUCCUCCACGGGCAGUGGCAAUGCGAUUGAAGAGGCUUCCUCUGCGGCUGCUAAUGCUGCUGAUGAAGCUGGUUCAAGUGAGGCAGAUGCUGCUGCGGCUUCUGCGGCCGCUUCUGGGGACAAGGGUGGUGAUGGUGGUGCUGGUGGUGGCGGUGGUGGCGGCGGUGGCGGCGCAGGACAGGCAGGACAAGCCGGUGGCAUUUUAGGCGGUGCUGGUGGCAGUGGCGGUUCUGGUGGCAAAGGCAGUGCCGGUGGUGGCGGCGCUGGAGGUGGCGGCGGUGGCGGUGGUACAUUGACAUCCGGCGACAGCGGAAAAAAUGGAGAGCCUGGUGGACCCAGUCUAGCUGGUGCACAGCCGGAUGGCGAAGAUGGUGCGGAUGGAGCAGAUGGACCCGACGGACCGGACGGCUCCAAAGGCGGCAAAGGUGGCAAAGGCGGCAAGGGAGCACGUAAUGGUGCCGGAGGCGGCGGUGGUGGCGGUGGCGCUGCACCUCAACCAGCCCCGGCUGCUGCUCUACUUCCGGCCCCCGUCUGGCAACAGCCGGAACUCAAUUCGAUGUAA